AGCCGGUGCAGAGCGGGCGGCGGCGGCAGCGGCAGCGGCAGCGGAGGCGGCGGCUCCAGCCGGCGCGGCGCGGGGUUCGGCGGCGGGAUCCGGCAGCGGUGCUUGCUACGCGCUCCCUGCCUCGCUCCCUUUCGGGGGCGGUCGAAGGGCGAGGCACGGAGCCCAGGCGGUCCGAGGGCGCGAACUCAGCCUUGUCGCAUCACCCCCCCGCCCCCCACCUUGGUUUUGGAAGUCUCAGGACGAGUUUGGUCUGGAGGAAGAGGAGGACAUUGAUGUGCUCAGUGUGCGGUCAGUGGUGAAGAGAAAAAUGGCCCUAACAUUACCAUUGUUCUAUCUCAUCCGCGGUUGACUACAUCUUGCAGCCAGCAGUCUUAUCGAGCAACAAACCACUAUGGCUGCUCCUGUCCCGUGGGCCUGCUGUGCUGUGCUUGCUGCCACUGCUGCCAUUGUCUACGCCCAGAGACACAGUCCACAGGAGGCACCCCAUGUGCAGUAUGAGCGCCUAGGCUCAGACGUGACUCUGCCAUGUGGGACAGCCAACUGGGAUGCAGCUGUGACGUGGCUGGUAAAUGGGACAGAUCUGGCCUCUGACCUGCUCAACGGCUCUCAGCUUGUGCUCCGUGGCCUGGAAUUGGGCCACAGCGGCCUCUACGCCUGCUUCCACCGGGACUCUUGGCACCUGCGUCACCAAGUCCUCCUACACGUGGGCUUGCCGCCACGGGAGCCCGUGCUCAGCUGCCGCUCCAACACUUACCCCAAGGGCUUCUACUGCAGCUGGCAUCUGCCUGCCCCCACCUACAUCCCCAACACCUUCAAUGUGACUGUGCUGCACGGCUCCAAAAUUAUGGUCUGUGAGAAGGACCCAGCCCUCAAGAACCGCUGCCACAUCCGCUACAUACACCUGUUCUCCACCAUCAAAUACAAGGUCUCGAUAAGUGUCAGCAAUGCCCUGGGCCACAACGCCACAGCUAUCACCUUCGACGAGUUCACCAUUGUGAAGCCUGACCCUCCAGAAAAUGUGGUAGCCCGGCCAGUGCCCAGCAACCCUCGCCGGCUAGAGGUGACGUGGCAGACCCCCUCGACCUGGCCCGACCCUGAGUCCUUUCCUCUCAAGUUCUUUCUGCGCUACCGACCCCUCAUCCUGGACCAGUGGCAGCAUGUGGAGCUGUCGGAUGGCACAGCACACACCAUCACAGAUGCCUACGCUGGAAAGGAGUACAUCAUCCAGGUGGCGGCGAAGGACAAUGAGAUCGGGACGUGGAGUGAUUGGAGCGUGGCCGCCCAUGCCACGCCCUGGACUGAGGAACCCCGACACCUCACCACCGAGGCCCAGGCCCCGGAGACCACGACCAGCACUACCAGCUCACUGGCACCCCCACCCACCACGAAGAGUUGUGACCCCGGGGAGCUGGGCAGCGGCGGAGGACCCUUAGUACCCUUCUUGGUCAGUGUCCCUGUCAUUCUGGCCCUGGCUGCCGCUGCCGCCACUGCCAGCAGUCUUCUGAUCUGAGCCCGGCAUCCCAUGAGGUCAUGCCAGCGCACCUGCAGAGGAGCAGGAGGCCGGAGCUGAGCCCGCAGACCCCGGUUUCUAUUUUGCACAUGGGCAGGAGGACCUUCUGCAUUCUCUUCAGACACAAUUUGUAGAGACCCCUGCUGGCCCGGGCCUGCCGCCCCCCAGCCCCACCAUACCACGCCGGCCCUCCUCCCUCCCUCAGGGGAGGAGGGCCAUGCAGCUAACCCACCCACCAAAGACCCCCCCCACCUUGCCCCCUUGGGCUGGACCCUCCAAUGCCAGCGACUCCCAGGAGCCCUUGGGGGGCCUGAGGGGAGCCCCUCAUAUCCACAAUUUCUCCUCCUGCCCCAGCCUCCUGUCUGUCCCAGGGUCUCUGUUGCCACCAUCAGAUUAUAAGCUCCUGACACUGGUGGGGGGGGCCCAGCCAUCCCCCUCCCCCCAGCACCCACACUUUUCAGUCCCCCACCUCUGCUCCUGUUUUGUACGACUCUCCCCUUUCCCUGCUCCUAUCCCACAGUAUUUAAUGCCCUGUCAGUCCCUUCUAGUCUGACUCAGUGGUAACUUGCUGUAUUUGAAUUUUUUAUAGAUGUAUAUACAGGGGUGGGGUGAAGGGGUUCUCAUUAAACGUCACCAUUUCAUGAGUCCUUGGACCUGACCCCUUUGGGAGGGUAUGCCUCCUCCAAGGAUCCCUCCCCUUCAAGCCUGGAGGAGGAAGAAAUUGUAGUUGGAGAGAGACAGCUCUCCGUACAGGUAGAGAGACGCAGUUCAGUUCUCAGUAAGAUAUGUCUGGGGAUGAGGCUUUCUAUUUCUUUGGGGGGUAGGGCUCCCCGGAGGUUGGGGGCAGAGUUGUAGGGAAUGAGGGGUCCCAGUGAGGCAGGUUCCACAUGGGGGUAUCCAGUCAGUCUUAGAGGCUGCUGGAUCCUAGCACGGCAGAAGCUGGUCAGGGGUCGUCUCCGGAGCUGCCCUCCAUGAGUGCCCAGACCUGGGCUUUACACCCACGGGCAGAGAUGCAAGAAGGGGAAGAGGCCAGGCUUCACCCUUGGUGUGGUUGUCAUUCCUGCCAUCUAGGUAACACUGCAGAGAUUCUAGCACAUCAGGCCUGGAGCUCAGCCAGACCUUAGGGCUCAGAGCACAGAGUGGCCUGGGCUUGGACAGGCAGGAGGCUGCCUGAAGGAGGCCACUUAGAAUGUGACUAGGGAUCAGGGCUUCAGGACUGGAAAUGUGGAGUACAAGUUUCAGCCCAGGCUGAGAUUACAGUUAGGACUCAGUAUGCGCAGGGGAGAGCGGGCUUUGGUUUUACAGGUGCCCAAUCUUUGGUCCAGCUCUAUACCUGCCCAUAUCCUUCUAGUUCCCAAACUGGGACUCCAGGAUCCCUUUGAUUUCUCCUCAGAGGAUGGGCCCCUGGCUGCCCCAGGCCUCCUCAGGCCCAGCCCCCACAUGUGGAAGCCACCUCAUUGUGGCUUCUUAGCAGAAAAUGUCUGGGGCUGGGCUGAGUUUGCAGGCACCUCCGGCUGAGGGGUGGGGACAAAGGGUUAGACUAGAGCUCCACCUUGGGAAGUCAGGGGUGGCCUUGCUCUGGGUGGCUGGAACAAGCAGAAAGAAGUGGAGUCAAAGCCAUGAACACACUGACUUCGGCACAUUCCCCACAGCGGGUACUGAGCGCCACAUUUCCACUAAGCCACGAAUCCCCCCAUGUCAUACACCCAAUUCAAACCUUUUUCCUCAGAUCAGGGUCUGAAAAUGGACAUUCCUGCUGGUCUCACCGGACCUCCCUAGGAUCAUGCCCUGAAAGGAGUAUUCACAGUCCUCAAGCACUGAUGAGUCAGGCCUGGACAGGACGUGGGGCUGGGUGAGGGGCUCAGAGUGACAGUGGCUUUCUCUCCUCCAGGCCGGGCACUAGAGGAGAGGGGUGUUUCAGGCAGGAGACCCCAGGGAAAGCAAAGGUCUGGUGUCAAGGUAAAAAGGCCUGUGGCUUUUAAAGCUGAAUAGUGCCAGCUAUGGCUCCUCGUUCACAGGCAGAGGCUCCCAGGAUAGAUGUCUAUUAAGUGGCUGUGGACCUGCCUCUGUAAUCUGGACCCCCAGUUCUGCCUUUCUGUGUUGUCCCUGCGAGGUGUGGCUUGGGCAUGAACCUGCAUUCAGGUCCAGCAGUGGUCAAGGGAACGGGGUCACCCAUUCUUGCCACGGACAUUGUAUUCCUUGGCUGGGUUUGAGCCUCCCCCUUUCCUGUGCUGUCUUUCUGCCUUGAGAGCUUUGGUCAGCCCUGACCCACCCGCCGCCCACCCAGGGCUUGGGCAUCAGCAAUCUGGCCUCCAUUAGCAACAUGGGAAAGCAAUUAUGUGGGGCCUGGGGAGGAGGAGGGGCAGGGGCCUGCUGGGGCCUGGGAGGCUGAUGGAGAGGCGGCCUGGGGUACCUCCCUGCCUUAACCCUGAGAGAGACCCAGCUCCUUCCCGAGCCCCAAGGUGGUGAGAGGAGUAGUGUCAUUGCCUCUUACCAGGACUGGGCCGGGCCUUGGGGUGGUCAUCCUGUCUUGGGGGUCCUGGCCCUUGACCUCACAGAGCCUGAUCGCCUUGGUGGGGCUUGACUAUCUGCUGCUCUGCCUCUGAAUGUUGUCCCUCCACAUCCGUUAUUUCCCAUGGUAGUUCAGGGGAGCUAGGGCUAAGUAUAGACAUCGGUUCUUGGAGCUAAGUCAGAACCUGUAGAAUUAAAACACUGCUGAUGGGGGCCACCCGGGAGGGUGGGAUCCCAGGCCCAGUGUGCAGAGCAGCCUGGCCUCAGCUCACUAGUUCUCUUUGCUCCCCCGAAGGUGCUCUGGGGAUAGAGAUCCUCCUUUACACCUUUUCCUAUAAUGCUAAUUUGCUUAUGUCCCCACCCUCUUCUCACUGACUCCAUUCCUAUUUUUUCUGUCUCUGAUCUCUGAUUUUCUGAUCUCUGAAUAUGCCUUUGUCCUGGCCCUAUCCUUGUGUUUCUCUGUGUCUCUGUCCCAUUUCUGUCUAUAUCUCCAUCUCCUAUUUCUGUUGCCCUCUGUCUCUCUGGCCAUCUCUUUCCCUGUCUCCAUCCCUGUCUUCGCCUCUCUGGCCCACCUCCCUCUCAAUCAUCCUUUUUUCUGCCUUUCUGUCUCUGUCUCGCGUGUCUAUCACCAUCUCAGAGUCUCAGUCUCUCUCCGCAUGUACCUCCAUCCCCAUCUCUGUGUCUCUGCCUUUUCCCCGACUUUGUCAGUCCUUCCCUCUCUUUGCCUCCCUCUGCGUAUACCUGCCAUGGUCCACACCCCAGCCUGUGACCGCUGUCCCUCUCUGGCAUGAGCCAGGGGCUGUCCUGGCUUCUGCUGCCCCCUCUUGGCCACCUGCUUGCCCUUUAUUCCUGCUCCGGGGCAGGCGGCUGUUGGCACAUACACACCCCCACCUGCCUCCCAGCCAUCAGACAGGAGACAGGGUGAGUGGUUGGGAGACACUAGACAGGAACCCCUCCUGGGCAGCGCCUGGCCCCGAGAAUGUCCCAGAGCUGGUGAGCUCCCUCACUCCAUUCUCACAUAGAGCGCGCAGGAUAUUUGGCUCUAACCCCAAGCUCUGCACCCUGUAUCUGUGUGCGUUUAUGUCUUGAGGCCCACCUGUUCGCCAUGCCCACAGCCCUGAGCUACUGAACUUGGCCAGGUAGAGGUAAGACCCCCCCCAUGGUAGCACCUGUCUGGGGGUGCAGGGCUAAAACCCUGGAGGCAGGAAGGGUUGGGAUGUAAUCUUCACAUCCUUCCCUCUCCUCAGAGGAGAGCAGAGGGGAAGGAGGGGAGUCUGAUAAAGUCAGUCUGAGCAGAGAGGCUGGAGGGGACUUAUCUGACAGGGCCACCCUGAUGGGGAAGACUAAUCUGAAGGGGAGUGGGCCUGAGAGGCCCUAAUCAGACAUGAUUAGUCUGAGGGGAGGCUGGUCUGGGACAUGCUACUGAAGAGCUCUGGUUUGGAAGGGCCAGUCAGAGGCCAAUCUAGAACGUGUCUGAAGGGUCCAGUCUGAAGAGAGACUGCUCUGAAGGCACAUAGGACUGAGACUAGAAUCACCCAUUAGUCCUAGUUUGCCUGGGACUUUCCCAGUUUUAGCACUGAGUAUCUCAAAUCCAGGGAAACCCCUCAGUCCCAAGCAAACUGGGACAAUUGGUCACCGUAUUUGCGAAGGCCUUGCCUAACAGCACCCAUCUGAUGCGAGAGGCCGAUACAUGUGCGAGUGUAUUUGAGGGGGUCUGGUCUGACAAUGCCAGUGUGAGGGAAGAGGGUCUUCAAGGCUAGAAGCUUCUUUGGGUAGGAUAGUUAGGUCCUUUCAGAAGGGCAGUGGCUUGGGGAGUGGCCACCAGGGGGCAGGGCAAGCUCUGAGGAGAAUCAGAGGCAAAGGCCUCGGAGAGGGAGCCAAACUGUGCAAAGUGUGCCUGCAAUAGCGUGUGUCAGUCACUGUGCCGUCACGCGCAAGUUUGUGGUGAUGGUAUGCAACCAUGCAAUUAUGUUUUUGAGUGACUAAAUGACAUGUGUGGUGUGUGAGUGUUUAGCUUGUGAUGGAGGAUGUGCCAAGUGUGGCUAUGGCCGAGGCCUUACCUGUGGCUAUAGGGAAGAGAGCAGGAGCAUCUUGGGGCACCAGGACAGGGAGACAGUGGGAGUGAAGCAGUCAAUGAAGGUUCCCUGGGGGGGGCUGAGAUGGGGAGAAGAGACAGGAAUCACGCUUCCCUAGCUGUGCCUGCCCCUGCCCACCAUAGUAUUCCCUGGGAGUCCAAAUAUAAGAGCUGAGUGUUUUGAUCACACCCAGGGGCAUCCCCCAGGCCAGUCUGCAUGCUUAGGCCCUGCCUGCCCUCUUCUCCAGCUCUCUCCUCCCGCUCCCUUCAGCUGGCAAUCCUCCAGCUGGACACCACCGCCUCUGCCCUGCCCGGUUUCGCUCUCAGUGUUCCUAUCAAUCCUACUCCCGUGCCUUGGUUCGUGCUGUGCCCUGCCUAGAAGCCCUCUUGUGAAGCAUUUGAGGUUCCUCUGAUGCUGCCUCCAUGAAACACUUCCUUUGUUCGUUCCCUCUUUACCACGGACUGAACACCUACUAUGUGCUAAGACCUAGUCCUGUAGGCUCCUGUCUUACCUCAGGGACUUGAAAGGGCUGGGGGCUGCUAAGAUUUUGCCCAGAUGAUGGGGUCUGAGGGGAGAGGUAUGGACAAGACAAAGCUGAGGAUCUCUGGGUUAGGAUGGCAAAGUGAAGCCCACACAGACUCACUCUUCCCCAUCCUACCCCCAACUAACAAAAUGAACAAAAGGCAAAACAAAUACGCUGCUUCAAACUCAGGUCCAACCAAACAAGGAAAUUCUUUUCCUAAACGUUAAAAUGGGAUAGCCAAGGAAAGUAACAGAAGAUUCUGGUGCAAUGAGUGAGUGGGAUGUCUCCUCAUCCUGUGCUCAAAAGUAGUGCUAAGAAAAGGUGAGUCAACAAAACACCAAGAGUUCUCACUAAUAUCUUAUAAUCUGAGGGAAGUGGACUGUUGAAUAAGUAGCCUUAGGAAAAGUCUGUAAAAAACCCUUUGUAAGUAGAAGCCCCUACGUUCUGCCAUGAGACCCCAGGAGAGGCAAGAAGAGCUGCCAUGGCUUGGCAUCUUCCAAGGCGUGGGGCUGAGGCUGGGGGGACAAGCCAUAGCUCACAGGAUGGGAGUGCCCCACCACCCAGCUGGAACAAGAUAGCUAACAAGGCUUCAGAGGAGAGAGAGCACUCAGGCCCCAUCAGUGUCAGGAGGCAGCCCCAGCCAAACCACCCUCAGGCCAUAGAAAUGGGGUGGGUAUGUUUGAAAGCAACAACCAGCUUUUAAACCAUAGCUCCCAAGGACAGAUGAAACUGGUUCAGACAAUAUGAGAAGGGGCUCAAGGACCUACACUCUAGAACAGGGAGAGGUCUGUUAAAGUGACCCAUGGUAGAUAGUUGUAAGUGGAAAGUAAAUGGUAUGGCCUUUAGGCAUACAGACCACAGACACAGGAAAGAGGGAAAGUGGGAGAGAAGGAAAGAGGGAAAAUGGGAAGAAAGGAAAGAAGGGAAGAAGGGAGGAAAAGGAAAGGAAUGAGGAAGAGAAUACAAAAAAUAGAUGAGGAACCCAAUCUAGAAGAAAACACUUUCCAGAUUCCUGGAAAGUUCUUCCUGUUAUAGAAGGCCUUAAUAAUAGUAUGAAAUCAAUAGAACAAGAACUCAAAGACAAGACGAUAAAACAACAGGAUGAGAUAAAAAGGGAGAUUAUAGAACUAAGGAAAAAUAAUAAAGGACCAAAACAAUACCAUUACAGACGUAAUAAGUAAACUAGAAAUACAAAACACAGGACAGGUAUGGCUGAAAAUCAAGGUAAUGUUGUAUAGGAAAGAUUUGAGAUAUUAAGAAUAAAUGUGAUAGGCAAAGAUAAAAAUAGUAAAGCUGUUAGAGUGAAGUUAAUAGGACAAAGACAAGCCACCAUAAGCGUAAUUGUUGGCAGCCCUAAAGUAGAGGUUCCAAAAAUGGAACAGAAAAAGAUAGUAAGGUAUGAAAUACAGAAAAGCUUUCCCUGAAAUGAAGGAAGAACUGAAUAGUCAGAUUGAAAGUACACACUGUAUACCAGAAAAAUUGAUACAGAACAACUGACAUUAAGACACACUGAUUUAGUUACCAAACUUUGAGGCUAAAAUAAUAUUUUAAGAACCUAGGUAUAAAAAGCAAGUCACAUACAAGGGGGAAAUUCAGUUUGAUCUCAGAUUUCUCCAAGGUAACAUUCGACAUAGAUAAUGAAGACUGUUUAUCUAUCUAUCUAUCUAUCUAUCUAUCUAUCUAUCUAUCUAUCUAUCUAUAUCGUAUCCAUCCAUCCAUUUCUUUUGGUUUAAGGCAAAUCAUUUAACCUCCAGGAAUCUCAGAUUCCUCAUCUUCAAUCUGAGGAUAAUGAGAUACAUUAGAGGACAUUUUGAAAAUUGUGAGAUAAUAUGCCAUCCCCCUGUGGUAGGCUUAAUAAUGGCCCAAACAUGUCGGCAUCCUAAUUCCCAGAAUCUGUGAAAGUUAAUUUACAUGGCAAAGGAAUUUUGCAUCUGUGAUUAAAUUAAGGACCUUGAUAUGGGAAGAUUAUCCUGGAUUAUCAGGUGGUCCUGAUACAAUCACAACCAUCCUAAUAGAAAAGAUGUAGGAGGAGGUGAUGGGAUGAUGGAAGCAGAGAUUAGAAGAUGGAGGAAGGGUCCACAAGCCAAGCAAUACAGGCAGCCGCUAGAAGCUGAAAAAACAAGGAAACUGACUCCUCUCAGAGCCUCCAGAAAGAACCAGCCAUGCCUACACCUUCACUUCCGCCCAGUGAAACUGAUUUCAGACCUGUGACCUUCAGACUGUAAGAGAAUAAAUUUGUGCCGUUUGAAGCCACUAAAUGUAUGGUAAUUUGUUAAAACAGUAUUUACACCUUCCUACCAGCUAUUCCUUUGGCCUAAGUUGACUUCCCCAUUCAUCUUUUUCAUCCCAACUCCUAUUUGUUCAAUAUUUAAUUCAGGUUUCCCUGACAUUGCCUACAUUCCACUACUGCCCACAGGUGGGCGGCCCAUCUGCCGUCACAGCGCUCACCACUCUUGUUACAGGUGCUCAUGGAUAGGUCCCUCUUCCUCACUGGCUGUGCAUAUGUGAGGACAGGGUGGGGCCCAGCCCUCUCUGCCUACCUAGCCCAGCAGAGGACCUAGCUUGGUGACUGUUUAAUGAACAGAUGAAUAAAUGAGGGCUAGGUGAGUAGUUGGCCGCUAUAAAUAACCAUUAUUCUCUUUCCUUGGUGCCAGGAUCUCUCCCUUCCCUAUGUCGGCCUGGCUCUCUCUCCCACCAGUGUCCAUGUACACACACACUCUCAAUCUCUAGAAAACGGAUCUGCGUCUUUAUUUCUGACUUCUUUUUUCAGUCAUUGGUUCAAAACACAUUUGCUGACAGCUGUUGUGUGAAUCUGUCGAUAGGUUUACCUUUGUAUGUGUGUGUGUAUUAUGGAGACCUGUGGACCCCU